UUCCAGAUGGGUUGAUAAAAAUCAGCGCCAGGAGCGAGAAUAUUGAUUCUACCUUUUACUCAGAUGCCAUUUACGAUGGCCUUCUCCUCUGUCAAACUGCAUUGGAAAAGGCCCUUGGAAUAGACUCACAUCAGACCACUGAGGAUGUUUGUUACGAUGAAAGAGGAGAUAUUGGGAGUAUUUUUCAUAGGAACGUAAAAGAAACAUUCCUUGAAGGUUUAAGCUCUCUGUUCGUGGAACCUUCACUCCACAAGAAAUCAACGACGUCAUUUGAAAUAUGGAACCUUCGAAGUGGUGUAAAUGGUGCAAAGCGUUGGACCUUUGUCGGGCUGAGUACCCCAACUGGUUUUGCGCUUGACACCAUUAAGGCCCCAAAUGGGAAAACUAUCACACCUCCUGCUACACCAGUGACAAAUGUGGUGCGAGUUCCUGUGAUUGAGUACGCCCCUUGGGUCCAAAUUGAGGAUUGUCGCAUAGAUGGAAGAGGGAGUUACUACUGCAUUGGAAGAGGGCAACUUUGCUACAAAUAUAAUAACUGAAGCCGAGGCGAAAAGAGUAUACUUUGUUGCUCAGGUAUCUCCAUCGAUCUGCUUGUCAUGAUGCAGAACGAACUGGGGUUCCAGAGCGAGAUUUACUUCACGCCAGAUGGUAAUUACGGUGACUUUGACGAGAACACGAAUACGUGGAAUGGAAUCGUUCAAGAGGUGUUAUCAGGACAGGCAGAUUUCGCCAUUGACAUAUCAAUAAAUUCCAUAAGAGCAAAGUACCUUGACUUCGCUCCACCCUUUAUCCACGUCGCCUUGAACAUUUUAGUUUUGAAGGAUUUGCGAGUUAAUGAAGAAAUCCAGUGGAGCUCUUGGCUGGAGCCCUUUCAGUAUGAACUAUGGAUCUUCAUACUUGGAUUUAUUAAUGUCAUUUUACUUGUGACCUGGUGGAUUGACAGAAAGAGUCCGUAUGGACAUUAUCGACAAGUAGAUAGCGGCGAUGAUGGUUUCACACUGUUAGAUUCUAUGACAUACGUAUGGGGAGUUGCGUUCGGUAAAGACAUUGGUGCUGAAAAGACACCUCAUAGCAGUAGUGCACGAUGUGUCUCUACUUUCUACGCAUUCUUUGCCUUGAUUGUCGUCAACACUUACUGCGCAAAUCUAAUGGCUUUUUUAGUUCAAGAACAGUUUGUGCUUCCUAUCAACGGAAUAAGGGACGAAAAGAUACGACAUCCGUCUCUCAUGCCGCCCAAUGGGUUCAAGCUUGGAGUCCAGGAAAAUUCCCAAGAAGAGAGCUACUUUAAAUUUCACAGCGAGGACAUGUUCCGUGAAAUUUAUCGCGUCAACUUACAAGUCAAUUUUGUAAAAAAUUUCGCAGAUGGCCUUGAAAAAUUAAAAAACAGGGAAAUUCAUGGAUUGGUCGGAGACUAUCUUUCCCUGAGCCAGGUUGCUAAUAACGACGUUAACUGUUCCUACAGUUUUGCUGGACCGAACUUUUUCAACUUUGGACUGGGACUAGCGCUGCCAAAGGCUUCACCAUGGCUACACGAUGUCAAUCAAGCGGUUCUAAAACACCACGAAAAUGGUACAAUAGAAACUAUAGAACGGCGAUGGUUCAACAAAAAGACCUGCGAUUUAAAUCCAUUCAAACAGCUUGAGAUAAUAAAUCUGAGUGGUUUGUUCAUGACAGUGGUCAUUAUUAUCGCCUUCUGUAUACUGGCCAUUUUCGUGGAGUUUGGCAUCGUCAUUGCCAUGAUUAAGCUCGGCGACCGUCUCGGGGCAAUAGGAAAGUUCAUGAAGAGCUUCGUUUUGAACGUGAAGGAAGGAGAAGAAGCACAUCUUCACAUGCAAUAUUCGUUUAUAUUCAGACGCCAGCGAAAGGCAAGCUGGGAUAUUGCGGCUGCUAAUGCGAGAGUUGCGAGAAUCACAGGAGUGGAGCUUGGUUUUCAUAACAACGAACACUGCUCCUCUCGAGAACAGUCACUGACAUCACUGGGUCACGCGAAUUCUGACAUGAUUGGCAAUGGGAAUAUCACGACGAAUGGAGUUUACCAAAUGAACAGCUAUGCACACACCAACGGGCACAUUAGCCGUAAUAGAACAAGAAAAUUGAAAGAAACUGAAAUGAUGACAACUCUAUAA